AUGACGACACCACAGAGACUCCACUUUGUCCAACGGCUACAAGCCACCAUGGCUAUCGGGUACUCAGCCAUGGGAGCGUGGUGCCUUCUUCACCCUUCGUCCGUGCUCUCUCUCAGUUUAACGCCCGCUUACGCCGUCCAUAAUGCAACCACGGAUCUCUUGACACGCUGCUUUGGUGCGCAAGCCAUGACAGCUGGCCUACUGUUGGGCACGGCGCCAAUGAAUGAGAGGAGCUUCACCUGCUUCGGGCUUGCCAUGAUCCCGUACGUGGCUUUCAACGUGUGGUAUGGGGUGGGACCGGGUCGCGGAGUCUUUACCAAGUGGCUUUUUCUGGAUUUUGUCGGGAAUGUCGUUUUCGGGCUUGGUUCCGCCUACUGCGCUAAGGUAUUACGGGAGUAUCGCCAGGAGAAAAAGGGCAUGGAUUAG